AUGGCUCGUCGCUCACUCAUUUGGCUGUCUGCCCUCGUUUCAGUAAUAGCAGCACAGUCAUCUCAGCAAUCGACCUUCUCUCCAGCUCGACCUCCAGCAAUACCUUUGGCGGUGAGGUCACCAUACCUUAGUACCUGGCAAGCGGCAGGAUCCGAUGGCGGUAAUGGGGGCUACUUAGCCGGGCAAUGGCCUACGUUCUGGACUGGUUCAAUCAAUGGUUGGUGCGGCCUGAUACGAGUCGACAACAACACGUAUACAUGGAUGGGCAAGCCAGACCCGCUGCCACAGGUCGUCAGCCAAACAGCUUUCGAGUAUACGUCAACUCGCAGCUCAUUCACAAUGGACGUCAACGGCCAAGUGACAAUGAACAUCACUUUCCUUUCGCCUGUCGAUCCGACCGAUAAGCAGAGGCAAAGCAUGCCCGUGUCUUACGUGAACAUUGAGGUGGUGUCUGCCGAUGGCAACGAGCAUGAGGUUGCAAUCUACACGGAUAUCAGCGCUGAGUGGACAUCGGGUGACCGCAACCAGGUCGCUCAAUGGAGUCGCGGGGUUGCACAAGGAUCAAGCGACUCAGGCGGCUCAGGAGAUCUUGCGUUCCACAAAGUCUGGAGACAAACCCAGAUCGAGUUUGCCGAGGACGGUGAUCAAGCGGCGUGGGGUUAUUGGUACUAUGCCACCGAGAACGUCGAUGGAUUGACGUAUCAAUCUGGAGCCGAUACCGAUGUCCGACGACAGUUUACUGACAACGGCGGCUUGAACAACAGCGAGGACACUGACUAUCGAGCCAUCAACGACAACUUCCCAGUCUUUGCAUUCGCCGUGGACCUGGGCUCUGUAUCCUCAGACAGCAAGGAGUCGCUUUUCACUGUCAAUCUGCUUCAAAACAACAGUGUCCAGUUUGCCACCGGGCAAGGUUUGCAACAAGUCCCAAGUUUUUGGCGAUCAUCAUUCUCAGAUGAAUUGAGCGCCGUCACAACGUUCUACUUCGACUAUGCCAACGGCGCCAGAGUGUCGGCUGCUUUGGACAACGAUGUCGCCUCGGACUCCCGAGCAGCUGGCGGUGAUGACUACGUAGCCAUCACCAGCCUUGCUGUCCGCCAAGCAUGGGGCGCUGUCCAGAUCGCUGGUACUGAGAGCGAGAACUACAUCUUCCUGAAAGAAAUCAGCUCGAACGGCAACUUCCAAACCGUGGAUGUAAUCUUCCCUUUCCACCCAAUGCUCCUUUACAUGAAUGCGAGCUGGAUGAAAAUGAUACUGGAUCCUCUCUUCAUCAACAUGAAGAGCCUGUGGCCGCAGGACUUCGCCAUACACGAUAUUGGCUCGCGAUACCCAAACGCCACUGGACAUGCUGAUGGCAACGCAGCGUUGCAGCCAUUGGAGGAGUGCGGCAACAUGUUGAUAAUGACUCUCGGAUAUGCUCAGAAGACAGGUGAUACCGAUUAUUUGAAUCAAAACUGGGACCUUCUGCACCAGUGGGGUCAGUGGCUGAUCAACAACAACUCGGUCAUUCCAUUCAAUCAGAUCUCGACAGAUGAUUUUGCCGGUCCGUUAGCAAACCAGACCAACUUGGCGCUAAAAGGCAUCAUUGGACUUCAAGCUGCUGCCAUGAUCGCGAACAUGACCGGUCAUUCACAAGAAGGCUCUGACUACGCCAAUACCGCUUCUGACUGGAUUCGUCAAUGGGAGCAGCUCGCGGUGAACCAAAACGCCAACCCUCCUCAUACGGUGUUGAAUUAUGGUGACGAAGACUCUUUCUCGCUUCUUUACAACCUCUAUGCAGACCAGCUGGUCCAGACGAACAUUGUGCCACACUCGAUCUACACAAUGCAGUCAGAGUUCUACCCGACCGUCAAGCAAGAGUAUGGCGUUCCACUGGAUACGAGAGCAGACCGCACAAAGAGCGACUGGGAAAUCUUCUGCGCCGCAAUCGCCUCAGACGACACGAGAGACAUGUUCAUUCAGGAUCUGGCCAAAUUCAUCAACCAGACGCCGACCAGUGCGCCGGUCACAGACUUGUAUGACCCCAGCACUGCUCAGUUCGCCGCUGACAUCGGCCCCUUCAAAGCUCGGCCCGUGGUUGGUGGAUGGUUUGCACUGCUUGCCCUGAACCAGACCGGCCUGCCCGACGAGUCGUAUAUCGGUCAGUCCUCAUCUUAA